AAUUGCGCCCGACCGACGUCGACGCGAUAUAGCGAAUUUAGUUUAUUUUCGGCGCCGGUAUGGGACUGUUGUACUUCGAGCAUUGUUUCGAGUGCGGGAUUGAUAAAAGUGAAUUGGGGAUGGAUUGGCGGAACCGGGCGGGACCGGAGGCAGGAGAGCGUGUGUAAGCAAUAAUAACUUUUGAUUUUUGAACGGCGCGCGUGCAUUCAAGAAGUUUAAGUGAUCGAAUACCGACCGUGCGUCUCCACUGGAAACGUCGCUAUCGUGGGGGGAGAUUCCUUACGAAAUUAUACGCCAGUUAUCAAACUGAAAAACCAUCGUUCAACAACAAAAAAAAGUUGCUAACCAGUGUUAUCGGUUUGUGUGGAAACAAGACCAAGAACAAGAAAUAGCAAACCUAACAAGAGAGUGGGGUAUAUAUUUGUUGUGACCAUUAGAGGGGAUAACCGAAAAAAAAAGCGGCGACGAAGCUCUGGACAAGGAAGAUAUCGUCUUACACUUGUCUUACAGGCGGAGAGAAAAGAAAGGGUGGUAGUGGCAGUGUGAGUUCGUGGCGGCAAAGGCGUGGGCGCUUAUCGUUAAUGUAAACAAGCGUGCAACAUUUUUGGUGGUGAAGAUUCGCAACCCGCUUUCUGGGUUUCGAAUUUCAGCGCGCCGUGCGGUCCUGUUCAUUACCAUCGGGAAAAUAAAUAGGCUAAAAAUGUAACAACACAUCAUAGCAGGUACGGGCGAAAAAGAAGGCGAAAGCACUAGAAGCAGAAUACUCUACCCGAGGACGAGGUUCUGAUAUCGUAAUUAAAACAAAACAACCAAUUUGUGCAGAAACGGCAAAUAAAAAAAAAACAUGCGAAGAGCUGAAGAAAAAAAAAAGUUGGUUGUGUGCAGUUGAAGGAAAUAACGAAGCAAAUUUCGUGCCGCGCAGCAGUAAAUUAGCAUUGGAGACCAAUUAGUGUACUUUGCUGUCUUAUCGUGCCUUAUCAGAAGGUGGCGCAGAAGAAAGAAAGUGAGUGGAAGAAGUUCGAAGAACGGCGAAUUGAAAGCGAAUUGCGUUAAGGUCUGUGGAAUACUCCGUCUGUUCACGAAGCGGGAAAGUGCACUUAAGCUGAAUAUUACUAAUUAAAACCGGUGCCGCUGUGAGGGUGGACAUUUUCAUACACACUGCACAGAAAUUGUUAUUGAAGAAUCGGUUUUCGUGAGAGCGACCCACAGAGAGAGAGAGAGAAAGAUAGAAAGAGAUUGUGACCGAAUUUGAUGAUACGCGGCUGUCAGCAACCAACGGCCAACGGUCGCUGGUUAUCUUGAUGAAAUUGCAAUUAAAAGAGCUGUCUGGACGGACUUACUCGUGUCAGCAGUGGUGGAUGGCUGUGUGAUGAUUAGAAAUAGAUAGGAUCGAACGUCCACAUCCAACCACCGGCGAUCGACGUCGCUGACGACGAUGCCCCCGGUGAUGAGCGAUAGCCGUAAGGGUUCAAUCGAGGACAUUCAGAUAUCGCUAGCCCCGUACAUCCAGAGCUACCUGACCCAGACGGGCCGACGGCAUUCCUGCUGCAGCGUGAUGCUUCCAGUGGCAUUCGAGCGGGCCGCCCCGCGAUCCUGGUUCGAUCCCCGCUUCGACUCACCGGUACUGGAGGGCCAGUUCCAAGCCAGCGUGUUUCCGCAGAUCCGACUUAAGUUUAGAUUCGCCCUCUUCUACAUCCUGCUCUGUUCCCUGGUAUGGUUGUUUUACUUUAUCUUCGACGGUGGGCCCACCCACUACCACCUGCUGACGGGUUCGAUCGGCCUAAUCCUGAUAUUCGGCCUCGUAGGGAUGUGGCUCACGCACACCGACAUCUACCGGGCCUACACAAACGUAAUCUCGUCGGCCUGUGCCAUCCUCCUUUGUUUGUUCUCACUCUUCCUGCUCCUCUUCACCGAGGAUGCCCUCAGCCCACUGGGGCACUUUUCCAUCUGCAUCGAAAUAGUGCUGCUGAUCUAUACCAUCAUCCCAUUGCCCCUGUGGUUGUGCUGCAGCAUCGCGGCGGCCUACUCGGUGUGCUUCGAAGUGCUUUCAUUCCUCCAUCAGGGGCACUACAUUCAGGAACCCGACGUAGACGAUUUGGUAACAGCCGCCUCACUGUCGGAUUCCGAGAAGGACUCCAGCGGAUUUGUGUACAAAAUUGUCCUCAUCCGGAUACUGAUCCAGCUGUGCGUCCACUUGAUGGGGGUUCACAUCCUAAUAAUGACCGUGGUCCGGAUGCGGGGGACAUUCAUGAAAGUGGGGCAGAAUCUGCUGGUUCGGAGGCAACUGGAGAUGGAGAAACAGCUGAAAGAAAAGAUGAUCCACUCGAUGAUGCCUCCGAAGGUGGCCGAUUUGCUGCUGAAGGAAAGCGGGAGCGUCGUCAAGGGGAUGAGCUUCGAUCAGUGUCCGCAGCGGCGGGCGACUCCCUCGGAUCUGAAGAGCCUCUUCCGGCCGUUCCACAUGAACAGCAUGGAAAACGUGAGCAUCCUGUUUGCGGACAUCGUUGGCUUCACGAAGAUGUCCUCGACGAAAACGGCCGAACAGCUGGUGGAGAUUUUGAACGACCUGUUCGAGCGGUUCGACGAUCUGUGUCUGAUGAAUGGGUGCGAGAAGAUUUCCACGCUUGGUGACUGCUACUACUGUGUCAGUGGGUGCCCGGAACCGCGACCGGACCAUGCCAUAUGCUGCGUCGAGAUGGGACUGGGCAUGAUCCAGUCGAUUCGGAUGUUCGACGCCCAGCGGCAGGAGGGCGUCAAGAUGCGGGUCGGGGUGCACACGGGGACGGUGCUGUGCGGGAUCGUCGGUACCAAGCGGGUCAAGUUCGACGUGUGGAGCAACGAUGUGACACUGGCGAACAGAAUGGAAUCCAGUGGCCGACCGGAUCAGGUGCACGUGUCGGGAGAAACCUGCAGUUUCCUGGGCGAUUCCUACCUGAUUGAGGAGGGCGAAGAGGUCGACGGCCAUCGAACGUACUUCGUCCUCGGCAAGAAGCAAGAUCUGAUCUGUUCCAUCACGGAUGGCCUAUCGAGCCUGGGUCUACCGGGGGACGGAAGCAACAUGCUAUCUUCCUCUCCCCUGGACGGCGACCACAGUCACUCGUUCGUCCACAACGCCAGCGAUGGUCACGGGACCGGACCGGGUUGUCUGUCGCAAAGUGCCACCAACCUAUCGUCGAUACAUCCGGCGGUACCGCCGGCAUCUCCCGCCGGGCCUGUUUCGUCAUCGCUGAAUCCGUCACCGGUUUCAAGUCCCCGGCCGCGGAUAGCAUCGCUCUCGAAGAUGACCAAAUUUCUCAAAGGUAAGCACCAUCACACCAACCACAGGGACAUCGAAAAGCCGAAGAUCAUUGUCAGCACCAAGUCGAUGCCGAACGGGAUCGACUCGGACGAGGGGGACGAGGACAUGGCGGCCGUAGUGAUUGCGGUGGCCAACGAGAAGGGAUCCAAGUUCAAGAGUUGGAAGAUGGGGCGGCUGCUGAAGAAGAUGGAAUCGGGGACGGCGCAGGUGCAUAGUGGCGCGGGUAUAACGAGUGGUAAUGCUCAGUUGACCGCAGCUCUAGCUUUAGAGCUGGAGAACAAAGACUGUGAUAGUAGUAGGAAAAGCGAAGAAGUGCCAUGUGUAGUAGAGCAGAUCAGCGGGGGUGGUGGCUACCAGCAGUUACCGAUAGUGAUUGUCACUCCGAGACCGAGCUGCCACACGUUGGAGGUGUCGGGUUGCUCGGUCCAGGGGGGUGUUCGGUCGCGGGACCGCGAGGGCUCGAAAUCUAUCAGCGUCGGUGCAAGCGGGGAUAACAAUUCCAAUCUUAGUCAGAAUUCCGUAUUCGACGACAUCAUCGAUGUUAGGUCGUACAUCUCCCAGAGUCGUAGUGAUAUAUCGCCUUUCGCCCGAACCGGCAGCUAUCGGUCCCAGUGUGAGAAGGCCUCCCUCAUUGCGGAAGCACCCAGUGGGAGACCCCGAAGUUCGACGAUCGCCGCUAACAGUAUAGACCUAAAUAACAGUAGACACGGCGGUAGGUUAAUGUGCGACGGUGCUAGCCUGUGUCCGUCGGCCACCUCGCGCAAGGAUUCCGGAAUUCGAUCCAACAGCCGACGAUCCAGCAUUCAGCAGCAGAUCAUGCUCAUGAAUCAGACUGCGGCCCUAUCGACCCAUCGUGUUAGCGGUUACUUCACCAGUUCUCAAUCUAGUCUUUCGGCGGUCGCUGCAGCAGUGGGCGCAACUUCCACCGAUCCAGGCAUGGCGCUGAAAUCCAACGGAGACGUCAGCGACCUCCGCUGCGUCAUCAAAGAAACUCAUCCUGAUCCCUUGGCUGCGUGUCUGCAGCAACUUCGAAAGCAAUCCGACCUUCAGUUGAUCCGCUGCGUCCGGGAUAAUGCCCGAAGUCAGCGGAGCUAUCUGGUGAAGCCUCCUCUCCUGCCCAUUUCCCUUCGGUUCAAAUCUCGUCAGUUGGAGCAGGAGUUCCGCUCGAAAGCCCACCGCUUCGGUAGCGAAUCCGAACUGGAAGGUGGUCCUCCAACUCUUGCAACCCCCAAAUACAACACCUACAUCGACAUCUUCGUGUCCUUUCUCAUCUACCUGGCGACGUCCACCUCGUUGUUUCUACUAACCCCUUCGGUCUACCUAGAAUCCUACAAGGUAUGGGUCUGCAUCUUCAUGGUCUUCAGCACCCUGCAGCUGUUUGCGCUCUUCAUCUGCACCAAGCAAGUCUGCCGGCGAGUGCACAAGUUUUCGCGCCGAUCGCGACCUAUCGUGACGCAAAGCUGCUACGACUCUAUCCUACGAAUGGUCUCCAACUGGUAUCCGUGGCACAUCUGCGGAGCGAUACUGAUGUCCCUGCCGGUCAUUUCGAUCCUGUCCAACUUUGCCAUGAUGGACGUGAGCAAGUUCAAGAUCUUCGAGUUCCACUACGGCUUUCUGAUGUUCAUCUGUGUGAUACAUUUCUGCAACUUUACGCAGCUGAAUUGCUGGAUGCGGAACUGUUUGGCGCUGGUGACGUCGAUGGCGUUCGUCGGUAUUGCCAUCGGGCAUAUGCUGGAGUUGAGGAACGGAGUGGGGGCUACGGUGGUGACGACGCCAGUUAGUGUCAAUGGGACGCAGGAGGUGAAUCCGGAGCUGCAGCAGGCACAGUUCGAUUGGUUCAACGACUACCGGGCAGAGAUCUACGUGGAUCUGGUCCUGCUGUUGGUGUUGGUGUGGUUUUUGAACAGGGAGUUUGAAAUUAGCUACCGGUUGAGUUUCUAUGGGAGUGCGGUUGCGAACCAAGACAAGAUACGGGUGCAGAGCAUGAAGAACCAGGCGGAUAUGCUGUUGCACAACAUCAUUCCAAAGCACGUGGCGGAGCAGUUGAAGAAUACGGCCAAGUAUUCGGAGAACCAUAAGAACAUAGGGAUCAUUUUUGCAAGCAUAGUCAACUUCAACGAGAUGUACGAUGAGUCGUACCUAGGUGGGAAGGAGUAUCUGCGAGUACUUAACGAGCUGAUCGGGGACUUUGAUGAGUUAUUGGCAAGGCCGGAGUUUCGGUGCGUGGAGAAGAUCAAGACGAUCGGCAGUACCUUCAUGGCGGCGUCCGGAUUGGACCCGGGAAGUCGCGGCGAGGAGAACGAACAUCUCUUCACCCUGCUGGAUUUUACCAUCGCGAUGCAGCAGGUCGUGGAUUCGUUCAAUCGGGAUCUGCUGGAGUUCAACCUCAUCAUGAGGGUGGGGUACAACUUUGGGGACAUAACGGCCGGGGUGAUCGGGACCAGCAAGCUGUACUACGACAUCUGGGGCGACUCGGUGAAUGUGGCAUCGCGGAUGGACUCGACCGGUAUCCCCGGACGGAUACAGGUGGGAAGUGCGUGUGUGCCGACGCUGAGCGAACGGUACGAUUUCGAGCCCCGGGGGAAGGUUUAUGUCAAGGGGAAGGACCACAUGGAAGUGUACCUGCUGGUAGGCAAGAAGCCCGAUCUGCUGGGACCACCAGACUUUAAUAUAGAUCCGAUGAUGUAGGAGGGAGGGGGGGGGGAUGAAAGUGAACACUGGAGGGUUUCAUUGUUGUUUUCCAAAGUGCGGAGGAAAGCGGGGACCGACGGUACGCAGGACGAUACACUCCUCAGUGCGGGUUAUAUGUUUUGUGUUGUUUGGUAGUAGUAGUAGUAGUAGUGGAAGUAGUAGUAGUUACGGGUGAUUGUCGGAGGGAGGGCCGAUGAAAGGGAGACAGUAUUGUUGAGUGCCGAGGAAGGUCGGUACACGGGCAGUGCGAGUUGGUUCAUCUGGUUGGUUGGUGAGCAGUUCUUGUGGUAGAGUGUGAUUUUAUCGGAAAUGAUUGUAGCUGCCUUAUAAAAUUUGAAUACUUGAGUGUGGUUUGAGGCUGGACCCUAGAUGACCCCAGGUUGGUCCUCUUGAAGAUUUGGAACGAGCGGAAAUGUGACAAGGCUGGCAGCCCUUUUUAGUGGCUAGGUCACCAUUUUCACUAAAGUAACGUCAAAGUUUGAUUUGGUAGCAAAGUUGUUCUAGAAACCAAAACUGUCCAAUUGGUGUUGACGGGAUCACUAAUAAUAUUCUUUGGGUUCUUCUCGGAAGUGCGCUGAACUUGUCGUCGGAAAUGCUGUGAAGUUCUCUGAAUUUUUCGUCGGAUGUUCUCAGAACUUCUCCUCGGAAGAUCUUUGAACUUCUCGCCGGAAGUUCUACGAUCUUCUCCUCGGAAGUUCUUUGAACCUCUCUUUGACAGUUAUCUGAACUUCUCCUCAGAAGUCCUCUGGGCUUCUUGUCGGUAGUUCUGUGAACUUCUUAUCAGAAGUUCUGUUAACUUCGUAUCGGAAGUUCUGUGAACUUCUCCUUGGAAGUUCUCUGAACUUGGUUUUGUAUUUUCCUUAAACUUCUCGUCGGACGCACUAUGAACAUCUUCUGAACAUCUGAACGUCUUGUUGGAAGUUAUCUAAACUUCUCGUCGGCUGCUCUUUGCACUUUUCGUCGGACCUUCAGAGAACUUAAAUGAAGUUCUUUGGACUUCUCGGAACUUCUCUUCGAAAAAGUUCUCUGAGCUUUUUGUCGGAAGAUCUCUGUAUAUCUCAUCAAAAGUUCUCUGAACUGCUCGUCGGAAGGUCUCUUUACUUCUCGUAAUAAGUUGUCUGAACCUUUCGCCGGAAGUUCUCUGAACUUUUCGUCGAACUUCAGAGAACUUUGGUUCUGAACUUCAGGGAAGUUCUGUGAACCUUAGGAAUUCUUUAAAGUACUCUAAACUUUAAUGUCGAAAGUUCUGUGAACAUUUUUCUUUCGGAAAUUAUGCGUUCUGUGAACUUUUCGUUGGACUGGGAGCUUCUGUGAACUUCCAUUUAAGUUCAGAGCUUAUCACCUGAAGUUCAGAGAUUUUCACCUGAAGUUCAAAGAAGUUCGCCUAAAUUUCAGAGAACUGCGCUUGACUCAGCGUUGUCUGCCUCAAUGAUCACGGUAACGCUCGGAGCAAAUUCAAGAUCCGGUGCAACGUCGACGAAUGUCGGGAGCGUCACAAACGUCUACUGCAUUCCGCUGCCGGAUCCGUGGUAAUCAACGCACACUUUCGAACCACCAGUACCAUCAUGUUCCGUAUGGUAUUAGUGACCUUGUAUUUCGGUAAGCGGUCGUUAGCGUUUCUGGACGAGGGCGCAUCAGUGAUUCUGAUGGAAAGUUCCUAAGCGGAUCAGCUAGGUGUCCAAGUAACGAAGGAACAGUUGAUCAUCAAAUGGACAGCUGACAUCACGAGCGUGGAGAAGGGAUUCCGACGAAUGAGCUUGUUCAGUUUCGGACGAGAUGGGAAGGAGAAACAUCAAGUGUAGACGAGCAAUCCCUAAGUGCGUCGGUGUUCAGUCAGCGGAUGAAGAAUCUUCAAGGGCUACCGAUUGUUUCGUACGAAAACCGAUCGGUCUGAACAAACACCACUUGAUUGCAGCGACUGAAGCAAAGGGUGGUAAGCCUCGUGAGCCAAUAGCGGUUCGGUCCAAGCCAGGAUGGGUAGUGUACGGUUCAAAUGAGGUGCAGCCAUCUAACGCGGAAGGGUAUCAGGACCUCCAUGAUCUGCUGAAAAGUCAGUACGCUUUAAAGGACUCCGUAG